AAAAAACACAUUCAUCGAGGGAAAAGUCUAAAGGGGAAAAUAUAAUGGAAAUGUUUUCCUGGCAGAGCUAUUUAGAAAGGUAUCAUUUGACUGCAGCCCCCACUGGAUUAUUCACACAGGAUUUUCCAAUGAUUAAAAACCGCUUCAAAGUUGGUAUGAAACUUGAGUUGGCUGAUCCAAGAAGAGCUCCCUUGUAUUCUGUUGCAACUGUGGCUGAGGUGCUAGGGUGUAGGAUGCGACUCACUCUUGAUAGCUAUAGUGACAGUUAUGAUGUCUGGUGUAGAAUGGACUCAAUGGACCUAUUUCCAUCUGGAUGGGCAGCACGCAAUGGCAAACACUUACAGCCUCCAAAUGGGUAUUCUGGAGAGUUUCCAUGGCAAUCGUACCUGAAGAAAACAAAGAUGGAAGCAGCACCAGAAUCCCUCUUUCAAAACGGUAUCAACACACAGGUGCUGUCAAACCAUAGCUUUAAAGUAGGGAGGAAGCUAGAAGCCCCAAGUAAAGAACACCCAGAUGUUAUGUACGUAGGGACUGUGAAAGAUAUACAUGGUGGGCGGAUACUUGUUCAAUUGGAUAACUGUGCUGAACAGACUGAAUAUUGGAGUUCAAUCUCCAGCCCCUGCCUCCAUCCUGUUGGAUGGUCCAAGGAAAAUGGAAAAAUUCUGAGACCCCCAAAAGAGUUUGAUGGAGAUUUGGAAAGUUUCAGUUGGCCAAUAUAUCUCCAGAAAGUCAAGGCAUUACCUGUACCACUAUCAGCAUUUAAACAGGCAGACCAUUGGGAAGUUAACAUGAGCCUGGAGGCAGUAGAUCUUCUCAAUCCUACACUUAUCAGGGUGGCAAGAAUUGCUGAAGUGAACAAUCAUAAAAUAAAGAUCCAUUUUGAUGGCUACCCAGCAGAGUCUGAUUUCUGGCUGGAUUGUGAUAGUGUUGAUAUAUUCCCAUGUGGUUGGUGUAAAGAAACUGGGCAUCCCCUUGAGUCACCACCACUUUAUCCUGCCAAUACUAGGGAGAACAUGACUGAGAGAUGUAAUGGUGGGAAGGGGCAUAAAAAUGGCUCCCAGGAAAUACAAGACAGGGAUACAGUGGUCAGUCUUGGUCCUCCAUUAAAACAUCUGAAGGUGAAGAAAACUGCCAGGAAAACAAUGCGGCAAUGUCCUCUAGUCGUUCAACAGUUAGAAGAAUCUCCAUACACCAGGCUUUUGCCAGAGAGCCCAGCUCAGGUCAUAACUACCAUGCGUCAAGAUAAAAAGUCCCUCAAUAAAGAAGAAUCCGUCCCAUCAGGAUCCUCUACAAGGUCCUGUCUGAAAAGGAAAUUAAGCCCCACAUUAUCAUCAGGAGAAGAUGUUGGUCCAGAGAAGAAGCAAAGCAAGACAAGCGUAGAGCAUCAAGCUCAUAAAGAAUUUACCUACAAGGAUCCAAAGCUAAUAAAACAUGCGGUUACGACUUCAACUGGAAAAUCCACAAUGGAUCCUAAAUUAUCAAAGUAUUACAAAACAAGAGAAAGUCACAAGCUUAAACCAUCGAAAGACAGGAUUUUAUCAAAUAGUCACCUUUCAAAAGAUCACAUCAUGCCCAGUACCCAGCAUAAGUUUAAAGUACCAGAUAAGCAAAAGCAUAAGCACCAUAAAGAUAGUAGAUCAGAUAGGCAUAGAUCUGGCAAAGAGCAUCACCACUCACACUCUAGUAAUGUUAAACACACAACAAAACUGAGACUCUGUGAACAAGUGGCACAGUCUAGCAAAGAAAUACCAAAAGAAAGGUCAAGUUAUAAAACAAAACAAAAGUCAACUGAAAGACACAAGCUUUCUUGUGAAACAAAAGAGAAUUCCACUGAAAAGGAAAGUUCAACUGAGAAAUCCAAAAAGAGGUCUGCUGCCAAAGAAAGCUCAACUCAUAAAAGAAAAGAGUCUGCUGCCAAAGAAAGCUCAAGACAUAAAACAAAAGAAAAAUCCACUGCCAAAAAAAUAUUACCUCAUAAAACCAAAGAUUAUUAUACCGUCAAAGAAAGCUCAGCUCAUGAAUCCAAAGAAAAUACUCAUACCAUAAAAAACUCAACUAAUAAAACCAAAGAGAGGUCCACUGCCAAAGAAAGUUCUGUUCACAAGAUCAAAGAGGAUUCCAUGGCUAAAGAAACCUCCAUACACAAAGGUAAAUAUAAAUCUAUCACGAAAGCGAAAGAGAAGUCCCCAGUAAUUGGACACAAAAAUAUAGUUUCAAGAAAAACAAAUAUCAAAGGAGAAAUAUCUAUGCAUACUGACAAAUCCAGAGAUCUAGAGGCAACACAGAACUCCAAGCUAAAUUCCUCCUCUAAAGAUGAAUCACACAAACUCAAACAGGUACCUCAAGUCAUGAGAUCCCCAAUUAGAGGCAGUCAAGACCUAAAGGAACAGAAACAGAAACAUGUGGUAUUGAGGCAAUCUCCAAGAAAAGCAUGCAACAUGUGCAAAGAGGCAAUUAAUCCAUCCCCGCCUCUGCACAGCAUAUCUAAGAGACUGUGUAAAGACAUUAGACAUGACUUCAAAAAGAACCGUGAACCUCUUGGAAACUUUGAUA